UGACCGCUCUGAUUCAGUUUUAACCAAUAAUAAAUAAUCCAAUAGCACGUUACACAAUUGAUACCAUUCCACUUGUAUACAGAAGUACAUCUUUGUUACUGUAGUUAUGAUUGUUAACUUGUAACCACCAGCAAAAUAUUACGCAAGAAAUAUAGAUUCGACGUUUAAACUUGAACAGCCAAUCUUUGUCCUACUUUUGAUACCUUAAGCUCACAACAUCUCUGGAAUCGCCAAAAUUUCCUCAUGUGGACAUUUUUUUUGUCUAUAUGUUGAGCAACCACAUUGUCUGUUGUGCCCCAUGAUAAGCUACUUUGUUGGACCCUACUAGAGAAAUAAGUGCCCAUUGUACUUGUAUGCAUGAGUGCAUUUUCCUGGCAUGGGUUCUUGAUGUGCACCCUUCUCCAAAUUGCCUUGGUUAUAUGCAAUGCUGGUAAUCCAUAAUAUGACUCUUUCUAUUUCAGGACCUAGGGAGCUCACUGGUGCUGUUGAUUUAAGAAGUCAGUACAAAUUGCAGCCGCACCAUGAUUUCUUUUGCAAGAGGCCUUUGCCACUUGCAAUCUCAGAUACACAUUACCUUCACAAUGUUGUGGGGGACACUGACAUUCGGAAAGGAGAAGGAAUGAAGCUAGAUCAACUCGUUCAGAAUACUUAAGGGAUAAGCCUGCUUAUAUUCAGCCCUUUGAUAUGGAAACACUGGGGCAAGCAUUUCAGCUUCGAGAAACUGCUCCAGUAGAUUUACCCUUUGCAUACCUACUAUUUCGGGCAAACCAAAAAGUGAGUCCAAGGACAAAGCCAAAAAACAUAAAAAGCACAAAGACAAAGAUAAAGACAGGGAGCAUAAGAAGCACAAACAUCGACAUAAGGAUCGGUCUAAGGACAGACAAGGACAAGGAUAAGAAAAAGGAUAAGAAGCAUCAUGAGAAGAAGAGGAAGCAUGAGGGGACAGAGGACUCGGCAGACGUGCAUAAGCACAAAAAAAGCAAGCAUAAGAGUUCCAAAAUCGAUGAGAUGGGUAAUGCACUUAGUUAGCUACAGUUUUCUUCUUAUACUGUCAACCAGUGUCAUAUUCUGUUAGAAGGAGGCUCAAAAGGUUUCCGUCACCAGACCCGCUGCAGAUCAAUUGUUUUGGAUCCUACUGAAGCGCGCCAGCGUCGGCAUGAGAUUGGACAUGGGAAGCGUCUUAUUUAUUAACCACGGUCCAUUGGCUGGAGUCAAGGAAAUUCUCAAGCAUAAAACGUCAUCUUCUUACUCGGCGUGCUUUUAAAGGAGAAGUUGGUAUUGAAUUUAUGGAUCUGUAUAGCUACCUGAUCCCGGUAUAUGAAAUUGAGCCUCUUGAGAAAUUACUGAUGUGAUGCUGCAGACAAAAUUGUCCAAUACUUGCGGUGUGAAGGGUACAAACGUUACCUCUUCCCAAAUUGUAUAAGGCCUGCUGAUUCAGAACCACCUCCACAUUACUUGUUUACAAGUGGUGCCAAGGAUGAAGUCGAAGCAGCAUGGAUGGCAGCAAUCAACAAGGAAAUUAAACGUGUGUUGACAGAAGUUCUUCUGAAGGUUACGGAUGAUCUUUUUAAUGAGAUCGCAACCAAAGUUAUGAAUGAAGAUGAUUCAUCAGCUGAACCAAAUGAGACCACUGGUGUCUCUAGCUCAAAGGAGCUUGGUCUGGGAGAAUCAAAAGUGAAGACCACAGCUAAAGUUGUAGUCCUUGCUAAGCCAAACAAUGUUAGCUCUACUCGUUCUGAUGGUACUGGGCUAAGUUCUCCUAAAGGUGUUCUUCUUGGUCUUGCUAGUUAUGAUUCAGAUGACGAGGAUGAUGAGGGCGAUGGUGAUGAAGAUGCUCAAAAGCAAAGGCAGGGAUGGGAGUUGGUAGGUGUAUGUACUUGCAGCCCUAGUAAUUGCAUGGAUUCACAUGUUCUUCUUGCGAUAUCUUUUGGUCCAUGAAGGAGCAGCCUAAGGAGCAGAAGCACUUGAAGAGACUACUGAUGACAGGAAAAAGAUGCAUUUGUUUUCGUUUGUAGAGGUGAGACAGGAGCUCAAUAUUCCCAAUGCCUCAGACUCUCGCAAUAGAAAAGGGCCAAGGCCUGCAUCUAUUGCAAGAGUGUGAGGCAUUGGGAAUAUGGAGCCGUUGUGUCGCCAAGAACCUCUUUGUUGCAAUGGUCGAGGCUACUGAAACUGCACAACUUGCUCUUGCAUGCACCAGGGAAGUUGAAUCUUGUCAACUAGAGUUCUUGAGCAGUGGGCGGGAACUUUUUUGUAACCUAUAGUGCCUGCGUUAUGGAGAAUGUCUUGUUACACCCGUAUGCCACCCUCCUAGACCUAGUCUCAGUAUUGUGCAUACUCUAACACACAUUUGCAGCGUUGUGAUGGAAGUAUAUCAUCAUGUUUGAGCACGGGUUUCUAUAAUUAAUGCAUUGCAUGAGACCACAUAGCGCAUCCCGGGUGUAGUGCUAUGAUAUUUUCUGGUCUAUAAAAGAGUGGCAGCCCCCUUUGGGUUACACCGUCAUUUCUAUCAUAUAUCUAGAGAGAUGAACAUUUUGUUAGAUUUCUAGCUUUCUUAGUCUCUUUGGGGAGAGAAAGCAAGCUUACAGUGCUUUUGGAUGUCAAAAAUGAAACAAAUUGUAAUUGUUUGUUGCCCCUUAUAAACUAGAGUGCUUGAGUUGGUUAUGGAACUACUCGAUCAUUUAUGUGACUACCCCCAACUUGGGAGGUUGGGGAAAUUAGACAUGACUCUAAAUAUAGUGUCAUCAAUCAACUACUUGUGGAGGAGGCACGAUUCAAACUUUUUUCCGUUCUUCCCAUAAGUUACGGUAAUGGAUUCAGUUGGGCAUAAUUUAUUUAGUACUUGUAUAUUGCUUCACGAUUUACAUAUGUGCCAUCAGAUAAUCCUGAUGAUAGCCACCACUUACCAUCGUAAUAGAUAUUUGAAUCGUGUGCAAUUGUUUGGAGAGUCGACGAGCUACCGGUCAUCUUGGCACUAGUAGAGGCU